AUGAAGUCCCUAGCCCUCACCGAGCGCAACACGAUCCUUCGAGACAACUAUGUCCGCUUCAUGUGUGAGGCCACCCAACAUGUCAACACUGCGGACCGACGUACAAAUGUAUAUCUCGACGAAUGCUUCAUUCAUCAGCACUACAACAAGUGCGAUAUAUCACUGUAUGACCCAAACGACGACCUCGACGUACAAGUGAAGCCGAAACACAAAAAACACAAAGGGCGUCGGUUCUGUUUCAUCGGCGCCAUUGUUAAUGGUGGUCCUGACAACUCCAAGCUGGCCGCGUUGAAAGCGGAGGGGAUCGCUAACACCAUCAUUCUGAUGGACAACGCCAAGUACCACAAGUGCGUACCUGAGAUGACACCGAAGUUCACUUGGCCGAAGGGAGACCUAAUCGACGUUUGCGACUCUCUUGGAAUCCCGCACAGUCCUGGUGAGAUCAAAGCUUCACUGUGGUCCAAGAUCGCUCCGUAUGCGUGGAUGGUCGUACCUGAGGUUGUCGACAAGGCAGACGCCGCUGGACAGAGCUUGUGUAGACAGUACGAUACCAACACAUCCUUCAAGGACGUUGAAGACCGCCUUGACGCCGCGUUCGAAUCGUUGAGCUCCAAGAUGGUCCAUGGGUGCAUCCUUAAGGCUGAAGGUGACCUAUUGGAACUACAUCGUCACAUCUGCGCAAUCGACAAUGAUUAG